UUCUCCUAAUAAUUUAACUUCAAAUCUAUCAAUUAUUACAAAUAAAUUGUGUGAAAAAUGUUUUUUGGAGAAAUAUUUCCUUUAUGCUCGAAGAGUUCCUCAUCCAAAAUCUUCUAGGCCUGUUAGAAGUUAUGAACCUUCGAAUAGGUCUGAAAAUCAAAUAAAUGAAAAUCAAGACAAAGAUAAAGAAAAUGGGAAAGAAAACGAUUUUGAAAAGGCUAAGGCUGAAAUUGAUAAAAAUAGGAAAGAUGCGGAAAAAGAAUUUAAACAAAGAAUGGAAAAGUUGGUUGGAAAAGAAAUGGCAAAUAAAAUGUUUAAUGAAGUUGAUAAGCUGUUUGAUCAAUUUAAAUUUGUGCCAUUUAUUCAAUUUUCUGCUCUUAUCCUUUUGAUUAUUUAUGUUUUAAACAAAAUUAAAAACUUUUUGAAUCACACAACUAAUUCAUAUUUAAUGGAUAUGGAUCAAUUUAUGAGAAGAUUAAGUUCUGGACAAGUAUGUUUUUUAGAAAUAUUUUAA